AUGAGCGCUGAUCAAGAAACCGAUGUCCCAGUCGUUACACGAGCUUUCGAUAGCGCAGUUUUGACAAGACUUCAAGAGUAAGUUACUCUAAUUUCGCAAUAAACAUGUGCAAUAUUUCGCAAUAUUUUCAGAGCUCAAACUGCUUUCCUUGAUGCAAAACUUGCUGAUAGCUUCGAAAAAAUUGAUUUGGUUGAAGGAGAAUUGGUUAAAUUGCCAAGACAAAUGGAACAAGUUCGAGAAGAUCAAGUUCAAAAUAAAGCUGGUGGAUUUGUGUUUACUGUUUCGGAUGAAACUAGAAUCAGAAGAUUCUUGAUUCUUGGAACUGCAAGUGGAACUUAUUAUCAAAGUUCAAAAGAGUUGACAUUGGAAAAUGCAAAAGCUAUGAUUGAUAUUAUCAAUGCAGGAAACGCGCAUACAAUUCUCAAAGAAUUGGGAGAAAUCAAUGCAGCUAAUAGAAAUCCAAAAAUGUCUCCACUUCUUUUCGUUCUCGCAAUCACUGCUCGUUAUCAUGUUCACGAUCCAAAGAAAGCGGGCGCCGAUGAAACAAUAAAUAAAUAUUCGAAAUAUAUCAGUGAAAUGCAUCGUGCCGCAUUCGCCCUUAUCCCAGAAGUCUGCCGUAUUCCAACACAUCUUUUCGAAUUCGUCGGAUAUUGUGAAGUCAUCUCAAAGUCAACAAACAACGCCGAUGCAAAAACAUCAACCGGUUGGGGACGUCGUAUGAGAACUGCAAUUUCCUCGUGGUAUACCACAAAAACUGCCGAAAAACUUGCGAUGUUUUUGACAAAAUAUCCACAAAGAGAAGGAUGGUCUCAUCGCGAUUUGUUCCGAUUGGCUCAUCCAGUUCUUAACGCAAGAAAUUCGGUAGAACGAUUGGAACUCGAACAAAUCUUCCGAUAUGCUGUAAAAGGAGAUCUUCUUCCACGUAAACGUCUAUUGGCAGCUGAUGAUGCAGCUAGAGGUGAUAUUAAACAAUAUACCGAUGUUCAACUUGAUACUGAACUCAAUAGCAGGUCCGUAUUUUUGACCUUUAUUGAGAAGAUUAUCAAUAAAAUGAUAAUAACGUUGUUUUUUCUUACAGAAAUCUUGAUCUCAUCGAAGCGUAUCUCAAAUUGAAACACGAAAAAAGCGAAGAAGUAAUUGUUGCAGCCAUCAAAAAACACGGACUUGUUCGUGAACAUCUUCCAACUGAUUCAUUGAAUAGCAAACUUGUUUGGGAAACAUUAUUCGAUGUUCGAAUGCCAAUGACAGCCUUGAUUAGAAAUCUCGGAAAAAUGUCACUUGUUGAAUGCCUUGAUGAGUAAGUUCCAAGAAAAUUUGAACUUGUGAACGUUUUUAAUCCUAAUAUAUUCUUACAGUGCUCGAGUUGCUCAAAUCUGUCAACGUCUAACUGAUCCAGAAGAAUUGCGUAGAACUCGUAUCCAUCCAUUGACUCUUCUCAUUGCUAAAGAAAUCUAUGGACGUGGAAGAGGUGACAAAGGAAGUCUCACAUGGAAUCCAAACAAAGAAAUUCUCAAAGCAAUGGAAGCUGGAUUCUACAAAUCAUUCUCAAAUGCGCCAGUCACCAAUAAACGAUAUUGUUUGGCAUUGGAUGUUUCAGGAAGUAUGUGUUGCUCUGUGGCUGGUUCAGCAAUCUCUUGCCGAAAUGCAUCAACAGCUAUGUCACUUGUACAUUUGCACAACGAGCCAGAAGUCAAAUGUGUUGCAUUCUGCGAUGAAUUAACCGAAUUGCCGUUCACAAAAGAAUGGACUAUGCAAAAGGUUCAAAAUCACAUUGAUCAAUUGAGAGUAAGUUGACAUAUCUCAAGAGAAAUAUGAUUAUGAAUUAUGAUUAUUUUUGCAGUUCGGAGCGACUGAUUGUGGUCUUCCAAUGUUAUGGGCUGCUGAAAAAGGGCUCAAAUUCGAUUGUUUCAUCGUCUACACUGAUAAUGAUACCUGGGCUGGACAUGUAAGUUUUUUUCUAGAAAAAAUCACGUCGAAAUUUGAAAUUAAAAUCUGCAGGUUCAUCCAUUCGAAGCUCUUCAACAAUAUCGUGAAAAAUCGGGUAUCCACGAUGCGAAACUGAUUGUAAUGGGAAUGACAGCAACACCAUUCACAAUUGCCGAUCCACGUGAUCGCGGAAUGCUUGACAUCAGCGGUUUCGAUUCAUCUGUUCCAUCAAUUGUUGCCGAAUUUGUUAUGGGAAAUAUUUAA